AUGGCACAGAAAUUAGAGGAAAUAUCUGUUGGAUUUCGUCAUAAUACGGCAGAAAUAGAGAUUAUAGAGUCAUGGGUGAAGGAUAUUCCAAACAAUGUUACAGGCGACAGAAAAUCCGAGGAUAUAAACUUGGAUAAAAUAAUUAAUAGGAAGAAGUGGUUGGGUGUAGGAGCUGAGCUAUCUAUAAAGCAGAAGGAGGAGAAAGAAAAGUUGAGAGAAAGCCUUGUUGGUUCUAAUAAGAGGAAGAAGGAAUAUAGACCUAAUUUAAGGAAAUUGGAUUGUGAUAGUGAAGAUGAGAGUGAUAAUUACGGAAGUAGAUCAUCCACAAUUUUAAGGCAGAUUGACAAAUUAAAAGUUAAGGCAAGAAAUAGGAGUUUUGGAAAAGUACAAACAAAUUUUCCUACUACAACUUAA